CAACGCCCUCAUCAUCCCACUCGACCCCGCCCCUCUCAGACCACAGCCAUGGAUGAAGAAUACGACGUUAUCGUACUCGGCACUGGCCUGACGGAGUGUAUCCUCUCCGGCCUUCUGUCCGUCGAGGGCAAGAAGGUCCUCCAUAUGGACCGGAACGACUACUACGGCGGUGACAGCGCCAGUCUGAACCUCACGCAGCUCUACCGCAAGUUCAGACCCGACCAGGCCGUUCCUGCUGAGCUGGGCCGCGACCGCGACUACGCCGUUGAUCUCAUCCCCAAGUUCAUCAUCGCGUCGGGAGAGCUAACGCGCAUCCUCGUCCACACUGACGUGACGCGCUACCUCGAGUUCAAGCAGAUCGCUGGUAGCUAUGUGUACCGUGAUGGCAAGAUCUCCAAGGUCCCGUCCACGGAGAUGGAGGCGGUCAAGAGCCCGCUCAUGGGUCUCUUCGAGAAGCGGCGCGCGAAGAAGUUCUUCGAGUUCCUCCAGAGCUGGAAGGAUGACGACCCAGCCACCCACCAAGGCAUCGACUUGGACAAGAACACGAUGGCCCAGGUUUACGAAAAGUUUGGGCUGGAGCCCGGUACCCAGGACUUCAUCGGCCAUGCUAUGGCGCUCUACUUGGACGAUGACUACAAGACGAAGCCCGCGCGGCCAGCUUACGAGCGCAUCGUGCUCUACACUUCUUCCAUGGCGCGCUACGGAAAGUCUCCCUACAUUUACCCCCUCUACGGUCUCGGCGAGCUUCCCCAGGCGUUCGCACGUCUGAGCGCUAUCUACGGCGGUACCUACAUGCUGGACAAGCCCAUCGACGAGAUCAUCACUGACGCUGACGGCAAGUUCGUCGGUGUACGGAGUGGCAGCGAGACGGUCAAGGCCAAGCAGGUCGUCGGCGACCCCAGCUACUUCGGUGCCGGCAAAUCCGCCGACGGCGGCAAGGUUCGCGUCGUAGAGGAGGGCAAGGUCAUUCGCGCUAUCUGCUUCCUCAAGCACCCCAUCCCCGGCACGGACGACUCGGACAGCGCGCAGAUCAUCAUCCCCCAGAACCAGGUCGGCAGGCGAAACGAUAUCUACAUCGCGAUGGUGUCGUCCACGCACAACGUUUGCGCCAAGGACGUUUUCGUCGCGAUCGUCAGCACGAUCGUCGAGACGGACCGGCCUGAGCAGGAGAUCGCGCCUGGUCUCCAGCUCCUUGGCCCCAUCUACGACAAGUUCAUCUCGGUUUCCUCUCUAUAUACCCCCACAUCCUCGGGCGAGUCCGACGGCGUCUUCAUCACGCGCUCUUACGACGCGACCUCGCACUUCGAGACCGUCGUCGACGACGUCAACCACGUCUGGAAGCGCAUGCUCGGCAAGGACCUCGUGCUCAAGAAGCGCGACGUGGAGGUCGAGGCCUAGACGCGUCCUCAUGCGCACGCCCUGCAAAGCCCCUCACGCCCUAACGCCUUUACCUUUACCUCGUCUGGAGUUUUCUUUCGCCCGGAUACGCCCUAGUUGAAUUCAUGUAUAAGAAGUAGGAAGACCAUCUCAUCGCUGUACUUGUCGCGCAAUGCAUUCAUCCGUCCAUGCCG